AUGACUGUCGCCGGUAAAAACGUCGCUGCUAAUGCCCAUUAUUCUGGACCUUCUUCUCCAUCAACCCCAAUCCUUUCUUCAUCCGCACUUUCCAUAAUUCUCCACUUGCAUCACCAACCAUGGCGAAUGCGGCAUCUGGAAUGGCUGUUGACGAUCAAUGUGAUCGUUGACAAGAUUGGUGGCCCUGAUAAAAACUACGAAGAUUUCACAAACUCUCUUCCUGGCGAUGAAUGCCGCUAUGCUGUCUUUGAUUUUGACUUCAUUACUGACGAGAAUUGUCAGAAAAGCAAGAUUAUCUUCAUUGCCUGGUCACCAGAUACAUCAAAGGUGAGAAUGAAGAUGGUGUAUGCAAGCUCCAAAGACAGAUUCAAGAGAGAACUUGAUGGGAUUCAGGUCGAGUUGCAAGCAACGGAUCCUAGUGAGAUGAGCUUCGAUAUUUUAAAAUCGCGAGCUAAUAUCUAAAUAAAUUUCUUCUACAAGAGAAUUUGGUUUCAUAAACCUUUAUUAAUCAUUCUCUUUUAUUAUUUUUUUUGCUCGAUUUUUUAUAUAAGAUCUAAGUACUCCUCAUUAAUGUAGUGUAAUGCAUCACUAUGUCCUCGUAUCUUCACUUUUUAUUGACAUUCAAUAUUCAUUAAAGUCUAUACUUUUGUACUACGCAAUUAUUCAUAUUUGUAAUUGGCAUUCAUUAAUCCUAGAGAUACUAUUACAAAAAAUUUAACGUCG